CAGGAAACACAGACUGACAAGAACUCAAAGUGCCUUUUCCCCGGUUGUGUUCAGCCCCCUCUUCACAGGUGAAACGGUGUCGCUGGUGGACGUGGACAUCUCUCAGCGAGGACUGACCUCCCCUCACCCGCCGACUCCGGCGCCUCCACCCCGAAGAAGCCUCAGCCUCUUAGAUGAUAUCAGUGGGACGCUGCCUACGUCUGUGCUAGUGGGUCCAAUGGGCUCUUCCUUGCAGUCUUUCCCUCUGCCUCCGCCUCCUCCGCCCCAUGCCCCAGUUUUGGUGAAGCUCUGCGGGUGGUACUGGGGACCGAUGAACUGGGAGGACGCAGAGAUGAAGCUGAAGGGGAAGCCGGAUGGGUCCUUUCUGGUCCGAGACAGCUCUGACCCCCGUUACAUCCUGAGCCUCAGCUUUCGGUCGCAGGGCAUCACCCACCACACCAGGAUGGAGCACUACAGGGGGACCUUCAGCCUGUGGUGUCACCCCAAGUUUGAAGACCGCUGCCAGUCUGUGGUGGAGUUCAUAAAGAGAGCAAUCAUGCACUCCAAAAACGGGAAGUUUCUCUACUUCCUCCGAUCCAGGGUUCCAGGUCUCCCUCCGACGCCUGUCCAGCUCCUGUACCCAGUCUCCAGGUUCAGCAACGUCAAAUCCCUUCAGCACCUUUGCCGCUUUCGGAUCAGGCAGUUGGUCCGGAUAGAUCACAUCCCCGAGCUCCCGCUGCCCAAGCCUCUGAUCUCUUACAUCCGCAAGUUCUACUACUACGACCCGCAAGAGGAGGUGUACCUGUCGCUGAAGGAAGCUCAGCUCAUCUCCAAACAGAAGCAGGAGACCGAAUCCUCCACGUAG